UUAGGCUGAGAGGGAGGAGGUUGCUGCAGGUUGGGGCGGGAGAGGAAAUGAAUUACGUUCUCUGCGUCAUCUAAAGUGAAACUUCUCAGAUUUUUCCUCAACAAGCUUUUUAAAUCCUCUGACCUGGAGAGUUGCUGAAAGUGAUAGAAGCGAAGUCCCAUCCAUCCGUCCUUUCAACAAAUACCCAUCUCGUUCACAUAAUCCUUCAAUAAUCACACGGGAGAUUCACUUUUAAUUAUUUUUAAUAUUAAUAAUAUUCCCUAAAUUUCUCGAGCACUUUCUAUAAACCAGGCUUUCGGAAGGAGAUAAUGCCCCAUGAGCACAGAAGACAAGCGCCAACCAGAGAAGACUGGAGUGAUGCAGUGAAAGCACAGUGGAGCAUGACCAUGAGCAGAAGAGGUUUACACAAUAUGUGAGUGUCCAUUCUUCUUUGUCAACCACUUGCAUUUAGCAUUCAAGAUGCCCCAUGUGCACAGGAUUCUAUUGGACCUACAAUGCACAGGAGUUAGAGUAGACUCAAAACCAGUACAAGCGGAGCGACUUUCAAGCACCUGGCUGGAUGUUCGUCACAUUGAAAAAUAUGUAGACCAAGGUAAAAGUGGAACAAGAGAAUUACUUUGGUCCUGGGCACAGAAAAACAAGACCAUCGGGGACCUUUUACAGAUUCUCCAGGAGAUGGGGCAUCAUCGAGCUAUCCAUUUAAUUGUGAACUAUGGAGCAGUCUUGAAUCCUUCAGAGCAGAGUCAUCAGGGAGAUGGAUUUCCAAACAUGUUACCCAAGGAAACAGCUAAUGUCACAGUGGAUAAUGUUCUUAUUCCUGAACGUAAUGAAAAAGGAAUAUUGUUUAAAUCCUCCAUGAGCUUUCAAAACAUCAGAGAUGGAACCAAAAAUUUCCACAAAGACUUCCUAAUUGGAGAAGGGGAGAUUUUUGAGGUAUACAGAGCGGAGAUCCAAAACCAAACAUAUGCCAUUAAAUUAUUUAAACAGGAGAAAAAAAUGCAGCAUAAGAAACACUGGAAGAGGUUUUUAUCUGAACUUGAAGUUUUACUACUGUUUCAUCAUCCAAACAUACUGGAGUUGGCUGCCUAUUUUACAGAGAGUGAGAAGUUCUGCCUGGUUUAUCCAUAUAUGAGAAAUGGAUCCCUUUUUGACAGAUUACAGUGUGUAGGUAACACGGCCCCACUCUCUUGGCACAUUCGAAUCAGUGUUUUAAUAGGAACCUCCAAAGCCAUUCAGUACUUGCACAACACGGAGCCAUGCUCGGUCAUCAGCGGCAGUGUAUCAAGUGCAAACAUACUCUUGGAUGAUCAGUUCCACCCCAAACUAACUGAUUUUGGCAUGGCACACUUCCGACCCCACCUGGAGCAUCAGAGCUCUACCAUAAGCAUGACCAGCAGCAGCAGUAAACAUCUGUGGUAUAUGCCCGAAGAGUACAUCAGACAGGGCAAACUUUCCAUUAAAACGGACGUCUACAGCUUUGGAAUUGUAAUAAUGGAAGUUCUGACAGGUUGUAAAGUGGUGUUAGAUGAUCCAAAGCAUAUCCAGCUGAGGGAUCUCCUUAUGGAAUUGAUGGAGAAGAGAGGCCUCGAUUCAUGUCUUUCAUUUCUAGAUAAGAAAGUGCAUCCCUGUCCUCGGAAUUUCUCUGCCAAGCUCUUCUCAUUGGCAGGCCAGUGUGCUACCACGCGGGCAAAGUUAAGACCAUCAAUGGAUGAGGUCCUAACCACUCUUGAAAGUACUCAAGCCAGGUUAUAUUUUGCUGAGGAUCCUCCCACCUCUCUAAAGUCCUUCAGGUGUCCUUCUCCUCUGUUCUUGGAGAACGUACCAAGUAUUCCAGUGGAAGAUGAUGAAAACCAGAAUAAUCGUUCACCACCUCAUGAUAAAGGUUCGAGAAAAGAUGGAGUGACUCAGAAAGUUCCAUUUGAAUGUAGCCAGUCUGAGGUUACGUUUCUGGGCUUUGACAGAAAGACAGGCAGUGAGAGAAACGAGGAUGCCUGCAACAGGCCCAGUUCUUCUUGUCAAGAAAAUUGGCCUCCAAAGCAUUCAGCUCUAUCCCAGGACCCAAGGGCCUAUGGUGCAUUUAUGGACCCUUCUGCAGAAGCUCCAGGCCAUUCUUACAGGAGCAGGCCAGUGGAGACCAGCUGUUCCUGCGAAUUCUCCUGGAACGAAUGUGAACCGCACAAAAGGGAAUCGAUUUCACCAGAAGAUAAAGAAGAAAGCAAGUAUUGCCAAGGCACCUGAGUACAGGUACCAUCUUGGGAAAACAUUGUCACCGUAAGUCAUGCUAUGAGGACUAUCAAUGGUGAGUUUGGGGGAUGCAGAUCAAUAAUCUGGACAAUGCUAUUCCUUCCUUCCCAAUUCCUAGGCUUACACUUUGGCUAAAUUAGAGCCGGUCAAAAUUACUGAAGAUCAUGAGCUCUGACCUCAGACAAACAAAACCUACCAAAAAAGGGACUGGAUUCUCCUGUCUUCUUCAUCAUCAGCAGCAUGAGCCCUCAGAGCCUCCAGUCUGCUAAGUAGGUUCAGUUCAGUUAAAUCCCAUUGUUCUGUUUAGCUUGCUCACGAAGGUCAUAGGAACUGUCUAAUUUGUAAAUGUUAACAGAUGCCUUUUUCAAGAAUUACCUUUUUGUUUAUUUUAAUUAACACUUAGUAUUUUUUCUGCACAUCCCUGUCAAGCCUGCCUGCCUGAAGAUGAGCCAGAUUCACUCUUGACUGUGACACGUUCUCUGCAGAGAGGGGAUUCUUGCCCAAGAUCUGGAUUUCUGUAUUUAAACUGUUAGGAUAGUUUAUCACAUAUCAUAUAGUUGUUAGCUAUUAUUACAAUUUUUUUUACAAACUCAGGAAUGAAUUUGACAUUCAUAAUCCUGAGUAGAAUUUAUGAAAUUUUAAUCAAGUAAAUUUUGUUUCUGAGAAAAUGGCUGGUCACAAGGGCCUAUGUCAGCUCUUUGUUUGAUCCUAUACCUGCCGACUCUGUGCCUUUACUCCUCCUGUUUACUGGGUCUCCCCCUGUUGAAAUCCUACCCAGCCCGUCAAGGCCCAGCAGAACUGCGUCUUCCAGGAAGCUUCCCCCAGCCAGAAGUACUUGCUCAGCAGCAUUUCCAUAGCAUUGUUCUUGUGUUUCUGUUGUAUACUUGUCACUUCCUGAAAUGUACCGAAGUUAUCUAUGUCAUCUUCUCUCUCUUACUAGGUUGUAAACUACCUGUAUUAAUGUCCUACUGUUGCUAUAAUAAAUUAUGACAAGCUUAGUGGGUUAAAACAAUAUAAGUUGGGGUGCCUGACUGGCUCAUUCGGUAGAGCAUCCGCUCCUGAUCUCAGGGUCGUGAGUUCAAGCCCCACGUUGGGUAUAGAGAUUACUUUAAAAAAAAAAAAAAAAAAAAAAAAUAUAUAUAUAUAUAUAUAUAUAUGUUAAUUAUUUUACAAUUCUGGAGGUCAGAAGUCCUUGGCAUUCUUUCUGGAGGCUCUAGGGGAGAAUUCAUUCCCUUGCCUUUUCUAGCUUCUAGAGACUACCUGCAUUCUUUGCCUUGUGGCCUCUUCCUCCAUCCUCAAAUCCAGCAAUGUGGCAUCUUUGAAUCUAGAUUUCUCUUUCUUUUUCUCUUUGACCUUUUCUUCAUCACCUCUUUCUCUUACUUUGGCCCUCCUGCCUCUAGUAAGGAUCCUUGUGAUUGCAUUGGGGCAACUCAGAUAAUCCAUGGAAAUCUCUGCAUCUCAAGACCCUUAACUUAAUCACAUCUGCAAUGUCUCUUUUCUCCUGUAAAGUAAUUCACAAGUUUCUGUGAUCAGGACAUGAAUAUCUUGCAAGGAGGUGGGGGAGUAGGGGGUAGGGGUGGUGCGGGGGGGGGGGGUGGCGGGGGGAGGAGACAUUACUCUAUCAGACUCUGAGUAUGUAGGGGCCAUCUCUUCAAGGCCUAGCAUGUUAGCCUGUACAGAGCUGUUGUUUGCUUACAAGUGAAGUUGAAUUAAAUUAUCUCUAAGAACCCACAUAAUAAAAAAUUCAGCUAGUAAACAUUGCUGAAUAAAGUGGGGAUAAGGACUGUCUUUAUGAUGAUGGAUGGAAACAUUCCAAGAAAACCAUUUCCAUGGGGUUAAUGGAAUUUCCCUCUCUAGAAAUUUAUAAUAAAAGGGUAGAUCUCUAGUCUCUGUGCAUCAAAGGAAUAGGCUCACGCACUUUUCUUCCUUCCUUUUCUUUCCUUCUUUGUGAAUUAGUAGGGUUGGGUUAAUCAUAGUCAGAUUGGAGUCCAGAUUUAAGAACAGAUGAUUAAAGAAGGAAGUCAUCAGGAAUCAGGGUCAGGUUAACAGACCAAGGUCAGAAACAUGAAGCUAUAAUUCUGGGAAAAAGGGCCUCAUGGUGAGGUUGAAAGCCUUAGUUUGAUUGGCAGGCCACAUAAAGGCUCAGAAGCAGUUGGGAGAGGUCAUGCUCAGGCUGGUCCUCAGGGGCCCUGACUGCCCCUUGCGGUCUUCCCCAUAUGUUCAUGGCAUGUGUUGACAAUGCUCCCAAAUUGCCCAUGUGCCAAAACUAGUAGAGGCAAAGGGUUGGACUAGACUUUGUAUGAUUUCAAUUCUUGUGACCUGUCCUAGUUUGGAAACUCUUGAUUAUACAUGUUAAUGAAAGGAAGCAUGAAAGUCUUUGAUGUUUGGCUUUAUAUACAGUAAGCCAUUAUGAAGCUGAUUUAGCUUAUCUUAGAAAUAUAGUCUGAAAGUAUUUUGGCUGAAUUGGGGAAAUUGGCCUGGGAUUGUGUGAAGUUGCCACUAAUAACUCAAAAGAGGUAAUCAAGACAAUCAAGAAUUGACUUUAUGUUAAACUGUUUUUCACUUUGAAUCUGGACCUCCCACUACCUUCAAUGAGAGGUCAUAACGGAAGCUGUGAUUAACACAAGCCCCCAACCAUGGCUCAGCACAUUUGUAGUCUGUUGGAAUUAUGUUGAUUUGAAUGUGCUUAUUUGACUUAAAGCAGUGUUUCUCAAAUUUUAGUGUGCAUCCAAAUGAUGUGGAAGUCUUGUUAAAAACACAAAUUGCUGGACCCCACCCAGGUUCUGAUGCAGUGGUUCUGGGGUUAGGAAUUUGGCUUUCUGACAAGUUCCCACUGCUGCUCAUACUGCUGCUUGUGUAGACCUCUCUUCGAGAACCACUGCUUUAAAGUGUUCUCCAAUGGUUAUCGAUCAGUAGAUUCUACCUUGCCAUCUAGGUGUAUGUUUUUUGAGAGAGUAAUCGUUUUUAAAAAGUCUUUUAUAUUUACCCUAUUACUUAGGAUUUUGCUUAAUUGGAGUAGGAGCUCUAGAAAUAUUGUUUUUAUUUAUUUAUUUAUUUAUUUAUUUGACAGACACAACAAGAGAGGGAACACAAGCAGGGGGAGUGGGAGAGGGAGAAGCAGGCUCGAUCUCAGGACCCUGGGAUCAUGACCUGAGCCGAAGGCAGACGCUUAACGACUGAGCCACCCAGCCGCCCCUAGAAAUAUUGUUAAUCAAUAAUCUUUUUUGAUGAGGUCACCUUGCUAGGGUAUGACUACUUUGGACAUCUUAUAGAGCAAGUCAGAUUAGCUGGCAAUAACCUGAUCAAUGAUAUGGCAAGCAGAUGUCAGUGUGGCUGGAAAUGAGAAGAAUUUGUGUGAUCCAGUCCUCCUUGAUUUGCCUUCUGGUGGGUGUGUUAAUGAGUGUUAAUUGAUAGGAAUUUAAUCUUGCAUCCCGCUAUGGGCAAUGGGAGGACACCUCCAUGGCUUCAUGAGGUGGAGACUCGGGUACACGAAGAAACCAAGAAUGAGCCUCCAAGUGUUCCCUUUGAUCAGCAAACAUGAAUUAGUAAAGAAUUUCGCUCAUUUUCAUCCUUAUAAUGCACCGUGGGCAAGCCCCAAGGCCGACCCUAUUUACUUGUUAGGUUUUUGUCCCAUUUUAUAAGGCCCCAAAGCAUAGAGAAAAUAUUUUGUUGUUUUUGAAAAUAGGUAUGGGAUUUCUGGCAUUAUCACUUUUAUUGACUUCUUGAGAAUUGUUAUAAUGAUCUGCAACUCACGGCAUAAUGGUGUAGUUUCAUGGGGUGGUACGUUAGCCUGUGUAAAACAGCUUUUAUGACCUGAGGUGUGGUGAGUAUAGGAAGUGGGGGUUACCAUGAGUAGCAUCUACUAAGCAUCUGCUGGAAUCCCGGCACUGUAUUGGCUCCUAGGAUACAGAGGAAAGAGGAGAAGGCAACUAGCCCACUCAACAGUUUGGUGACAUCUGUUAUUUGAACCCCAAACCAAUGGAACUGAAAGUAAAAGGGUGAGGAGGUUACUGUGCACUUUUGAGAGGGGAAGGAAGGCUUUUUGGGGAAGUUUGCUGGAGAGAGAGAGGGAGGAGAAGAAAUAGAAAAGGGGGUGCAGGAUGGACAUCCAGGGAUUGGGGACCCAGCACUCUCCCAGAGUUCUGCACAACACCAGCUCUGGGGCCGGAAGGAUGGGUGAGAGCAAAGGGAGCUGGGCUCAGAGCUUUCCGUGUUUUUUCCUCUUUAUCCUUCGCAGCCACCCCAAAGGUCCAAAUCCCAUUUUAGGGAUGAGAAGACUGACUUAGAGAGGUUAAGGAAUGUGCCUGAGGUACUCCCAGAUCUGGAAGAGUUGGGAUUUGAAUGCACAUCUGUCUGAUUUCAAGGCCCACGCUCUUUCUCGUACUCCACACUGUACAAAGAAGCCCCCGUAGAUUCAAGCUCUGAUGUGAAAAGUCAUUCGUUGAUUCUACAAGUGUUCAGUAAGCACACAAGCCUUGCCAGGUCUUCUGCCUUUUUUCACUAUCCUGCUCCUCUGUUAACAGUUACCCAUGUCUACAGUCCUUAGAUGUGAGUUAAAUAUAUUCGCUGAUCCAACCAUUCAUUCACUGAAUGAAUAUUUAUCAACAGCUUCCUUUGUGUCAGGCACUGUUCUGGGAGCUGGGGACACAGUGAAGAUGACACCCAACAAAGAUCCCUGCCCUCAUGGAGCUUAUGUUCGAGUGAAUAAAUGAAUGCAUGGGUGAAAGGAAACUGCCAUGGGAGAAUUUUUAUCUUGAUUCUAGUGCUCACUGGUGGCACUCAGAGACCAGCCUCACGGAGCUAUCUCAGGGUGUUAUCUGGACUUAGACUCUGGCUUCUUCGCCAGCUCUUUCUAGGGAUUCGCAGAGGUUUCUCCUUACCCUGUUGUACAGCUGAUGUCUCCAGGGUAGCUUGCUGCUUUUCUAUUAGUGUGCAUGAGGCGGUAUGGCGUGUCUUGUAGCAGUCAUAACAGACCCUAUUCUUCCACUGACCUGGGAUUUCUUCGGGACAUUUAUCUGGCUACUGAUGGCAUCUUCAGCUGGAUUCUUUUAAGGACUCUGAGCACCUACACUUACCUCGCCUUCCUAUCACCCCAUCAUAGAAUUGUUGGCUUCUCUCUUCUCCACAAAACUGAAACUUCCUUGAAGGCAGGGGCUAUAUCCUGCUCCUUUUUGUAUGUCUAACAACUAGCAGGGUACCUGGCACGUAAUACAGCCCAAUAAGUAUUUGUAAAGUGUGUGAACCAAAUAGUCCUUUAAAACAUCUUCAAAUCUUUGAUAUCAAGGUAUCAAGACUGUCAUCUACCUUGCACCCAAAGUGAAUCUUUCUAUUAUCCAUACUACCAGCACUCAUUAGCUUAGAUGUUUCCAUCCUGCUAUUUGUGGAUAAAAAGUUAUUAAUGUCAAAUAUUAAUAUCUGAGAUACCUUUGGAAAGAGGAAUUAGACAUUGUGUACAUUGCUUAUAAAUUUGCUUCAUGGUGGAAAAUAUUCCCAAACCAUUUCUAAGCAAUAGUAAACCAACAUUUUGAUAGGGGAUAAACUGAUAUUUGUGAUAUUUUGUUUCCAUCUUUCUGUCAAAUUAUUUAUAUAUACUUGAUGGUCUAUUGAACUUGACAUGCAAGUAUUUUCUUGGGAAACACUUUUGCUCCAAAGAUCUACAUUGCCUACCAAAUCUUCACUUCAGAGCCUUCUUCUUGAUGUUAUCUGUCUCAUUGAAAACUUUGUGGUUAUCUCUAUAAAUAGUAAGGGAAUAUUUCCAAAGUCUUUUAUGGACUCCUUAAUUUUAAUAUUUCCUAUAGAGCAACAUUGAUUGCAAUGGAGGGUAAGCAGGUAGAAAGAGCUUACUUGUGGGAGGGAGAUUGAGAUUCAGUUAACAUUGAGGUGUCUAGGGACUCCUGGGUGGCUCAGUCGGUUAAGCGGCUGCCUUUGGCCUGGGUCGUGAUCCCAGGGUCCUGGGAUCGAGUUCCACAUCGGGCUCCUUGCUCAGUGGGGAGCCUGCUUCUCCCUCUGUCUCCCUCUGCUUGUGCUCUCUCUGUCAAAUAAAUAAAAUCUUUAAAAAAAAAAUUGCGAUGUCUAAUAGUGUGGUAGAUGCAUUCAUCAUUUAUGCUUUGAAUGCCUACUGAGCUGGGUUCUGUUACUAUAAAUAAGAUCAUCAAAAAUGAUAUUUAAAAAAAUGACUCUUGUCCAGAGUCACGCCAAUAUUGGAAUGGGGAUGCAAACCGAAGACUCUCUGUUCAAAUCCAGGAAAAUAUCUGCUCUGAAAAGGGGUAACUUAAAAAUUAAAGGUAUCCCCUAUUUGAAAAUAUAAAUGGUAAUAAAUAUGUGUUUAUUAUUUUAUUUGCAUUAAUUAUAUCCUCCCAGGUUGGCAAAUAUUAAAGUAAUUUAUAAGAAUAUGAGCAAAGGGGCAUUCUUGUUCAUUCUUGACAGGAGUGAAAAUUGGUACAACUUUCUAGAAGACAGUAUGUAUCAAAUUUGGCAAUAUGUAUCAAAAAUUUAAAUGAUAUACUUUUACCCAGCAAUUUGUUUAGAUUUUAUCCUAAUGAAUAAAAAUUACAUAAGUAUGUAAACAUGAGGGUAAAGAAGUACUUUAUGAUGUUUAUGAUUUUAAAACUUUGGCGGAGAUGCCUGGGUCGCACAGUCGGUUAAGCAUCUCACUCUUUUUUUUUUUUUAAGAUUUUAUUUAUUUAUUUGCAAGAGAGACAAUGAGAAACAGAGAGCAUGAGAGGGAGGAGGGUCAGAGGGAGAAGCAGACUCCCCGCCGAGCAGGGAGCCCGAUGCGGGACUCGAUCCUGGGACUCCAGGAUCAUGACCUGAGCCGAAGGCAGUCGCUUAACCAACUGAGCCACCCAGGUGCCCCAAGCAUCUCACUCUUGAUUUCGGCUCAGGUCAUGACCUCAGGGCUGUGAGAUCAAGCCCUGUGUCGAGCUCCAUGCUCAGUGCGGAGUCUGCUUGAGAUUCUCUCUCUCUCUCCCUCUGUCCCUCCUGCUUGUUUUUUCUCUCUCUCUCUCUCAAAUAAAUAAAUCUUGAAACAACAACAAUAACAAACUUUGGAAACAGCCUAAAUAUCCUUUAAUAGAAAAUGGGUUAAAUAAUUCUAGCACAUAUAUACCAUUGAGUCAUAUAUGACUAUCGUUAAAAAUUAUUUAGGUCUUGUUUAUUGCUAUGGAAAUUUGUACCUUUCAUUAGCAAAUGAAAAAGCAGGCUAUAGAAUAAUAUGUUCAAUAUGGGCCCAUUUAUAAUACUGUAUAUUUUAAAAUAGUAUGUGUUUCAUAUAGAGA